GAUCGUGGUCGAAGAGGGAAACCUUGUUGUGCGGCUUGCUACAUUCCCCUUGCCUCACAGGCCUUCGUAGGCCUUCCACCUGGGGCCGUCACAAAUGGCGGUCACAUACGACAGCGUUCGGCAGCUUCAGACCCACAUUGGCGAGGCGGAGUUCUCCCGCGCGGUCAAGACUCUCGAUGAGUUGGAUGUCCCAGAGGUGUACACUCCCGCAGCCGAAGUGAAGACCAUUGAGGCGUUGCUAGGCGUGACGCCGGGCGCUUUCGACGGGUACGCCUUUCGGAUGAAGGCCUCUAAGAACAGCGGGUGCAAGGGCUGCGGGCGCCAGAUGAACUGGCUGGACGUCUGCCACACCGCGCUCAAGGUGCCGGGCCACACCCCCGAGUUCAUCAUGGAGACGUUUGAGGGCGCGCACGGGCUCGUCCUCGCCCCGCCUUUCCGGAUGCUGACCUGCCACAGCUGCAACACGGUUCAGGACUGCAAGCGGGAGCGUAUUGUGCGGGGCUACAACUGCAAGGGCUACGUGUGCAUGGGCGGCUAAGUUAGGCCUUUCGGCGCCAUCUGAGGCGAGCGGCUUUCACCCGAGGAAUGAGAUAGCAAUAAUCGCACGUUCAUUUAUGAAGUUAUCCAACAACAUUUAUACGUCGUUCUGAACAUGAGCGCGUGGUGUUUGGGCCAGUCAAAUAGGAGCGUGUACAGUUGUAAGGAAGAGUAGUUCGGCAAGCCCUAACAAGUAGUCACAAUCCAAUAAUGGUUGCUUCUGAUGGUGGCCUUGUUUAACGUCACUGGCGUAGCGAGUAAGGUCGGCUGGGAAGUUGCCGAUGUUCGUACAGUUAUCAUGUAUGGCUUGGUAUUCCGCAUAGCCAUGUUCAUUCCUCUUGGCCGCGUCCUCCUGAUGCUGGCAAUAAGCUUUCCGUGGGUGACCCUACCACAUCUUCUUUUGCCUGUACUUUAUUGUGUAAACACAAGUAUACAACCCUGGUGAGACACACACAUGGACUCGCGGCCAGUAUUCUUCACACAC